GACGUCACACGCUGGACUGAACGUCACCCGGAAGAGAGGAGCGUCGCCGUCGUCCUGUGUGAGGAUUGUUUACAUUUUCCUGCAGCCGUUAAAAUGAAUCCUCCGACCAUCAACUCGACCAACUCCGUUUCUACGACCAGAAGGAAACGAGAGGCUGAGCGCUCGGUGAACUGGACGGUGGAGGAGACUCAGGUGCUGCUGUGCGCCUGGAGCGACGAGCGUGUGCAGAAAAGUCUGGCUGAAAACCUCAGAAACCGGCACGUCUUCAAACACCUCUCGACCCGUAUGAGCGAAAUGGGAUUCUCCCGCAGCCCGCACCAGUGCCGGCUCCGGGUCAAAACUCUGAAGGCCAACUACGUGCGGGCCAAGCUGCAGAGGAGCGUGGACAGCUCGCAGCCCUGCACCUUUAAAUACUUCACAGAGAUGGACGCUGUGUUAGGCCGCAGAUCUGACGACGGGGAAGGAGGAGGGGCCUAUUUAAUUUCGCCGGAAUGGACAGGAGAGCGUCACCUCAACUCCAUCAACAGGACAGGAAGUAACCGGCCAGAUUCAAACUGUAACACAGAGAUCAGCGGACGCCAUGUUGCUUCUUCAGGGAGGACAGGAAGGGAGCGUUUGAGCUCGUCAGAGGAGCGAGGAGGCCGGCGGUCCUGGCUGCUGGACUCUGAAGUCAAAGUGGAGGACGGGGAAGUUUCAACAGAUGAGUUUGAGUUCAGUAAUCCAGGAUUUCCUCAGCAGCAGCAGCGGGACAGACACCCGGGUUAUCUGGAACCCUCCAUCCAUCGUGACACCAGUGGUUCACUCAUCGAAAACAGCCUGAGCUCUCAUUCACAUGUAGUACCGCCUCCUCCUCCUCCUCCUCCUCCUCCUCCUCCUCCUCUUGUCCAAUCAGCUUCCCCGCCUCCUCCUGCCCCCCCAGAUCCUCACCCACAUGUCCCCCCCGCCUUCAGCCACCAUCAACCAGAGUCCACUUGCCUGGAGCCCGUCCUCAGACACCUGUCGGAGUGUUUCCAGGGUCUGGUGUCGGAGACGCGGGGCCUCCUGGGCCAGCUGGAGAGCCAGAGGCAGGAGCAGGCGCGCUGGCACCAGGAGCUCUUCGCCCAGUGGCUGCAGAGGGAGGAGCAGCGGCAGAGGGAGACGGCCGAGAGGGAGGAGAGGAGGGAGAGGGCUCGCAUGGAGCACGAGAUCAGAGUCCUGGAGCUCCUCAGCGGCCUGGCUAAAGAGCACAGAUGUGGCUGUGGAGGUGGAAGGGCUUCAGGUGGGCCGAAUCACAGCGGGAACAAAGACGGAGAUUAGGACGCACUCAAGUGAAGGAAAACGUUUAGCUUCAUCCAAAGUAACAGCUCUGAGAACGCUAACAGACACAUUCAGGGCGGCUCAGUUCACCUCUGGAGCGAAACAAGAGGAUUGUUCACAGAUAGUUAAUGAUCCGAUGUUCUCAGGAAGAAGAAGAAGAAGAAGAGGAGGAGGAGGAGUUACAGCUGAAGGAAAAGGAUGAUUCAUCAGGCCUCCUAAUAUACCAAAAGUAUUUGUGCACUUAUGUAAAUUAAAAAUGCUUUUUUUU